UCCUCCGCCGGCAGCAACUCGGCGCCCGCGGUCCAUGGACCGGAACCCUGGGCCGACGGGCAGGAACCCGGGCCGCGAUCGCCGCCUCCCAGCCGCAGGCUCCUCCUCCUCGCUCCCUACAGCCUCCUCCGGACGCCCGCUGGCCGCGCACUGCCGCCGCCGGGCUCUCGGAGCCGCCCCGGGAGGCUGGGUGGCGGGUUCGCGGCUGCCGCCGGACUGAGGCCUACUCCGCCGCCUCUCAGUGCUAUUGUCCCUGGGCCUGGCCCUGACGGGUCCGCCGGGGAGGGCCGAGUGCGCCGGCUCCGCGGAAGAUGCCGGACCAAGCCCUACAGCAGAUGCUGGACAGUGUUUGUCAGCAAUGUCGCCGACAAGAUGAACCAUGUUGUCUUUCGGGGGAAUCACCCCCUGGAACGAUUUCGAAGCCUUUCCCCGCCAAAGCCGAGGAUAAGCAUUCUUUGGGAAAGCCUGAUAGAAGUUGCUGGGUAUGUUUUGCCACUGAUGAAGAUGAUAGAACAGCUGAAUGGGUGAGACCAUGCAGAUGCAGAGGAUCUACAAAAUGGGUUCACCAGGCUUGUCUACAGCGCUGGGUGGAUGAAAAACAAAGAGGAAACAGUACAGCCAGAGUGGCAUGUCCUCAGUGCAAUGCUGAAUACUUAAUAGUUUUUCCAAAGUUGGGUCCAGUUGUUUACGUCUUGGAUCUUGCAGAUAGACUGAUCUCAAAAGCUUGUCCAUUUGCUGCAGCGGGAAUAAUGGUUGGCUCUAUCUAUUGGACAGCUGUGACUUAUGGAGCAGUGACAGUGAUGCAGGUUGUAGGCCAUAAAGAAGGUCUGGAUGUUAUGGAGAGAGCUGAUCCUUUAUUCCUUUUGAUCGGACUUCCUACUAUUCCCGUCAUGCUGAUAUUAGGCAAGAUGAUUCGCUGGGAGGACUACGUGCUUAGGCUAUGGCGUAAAUACUCAAAUAAACUACAGAUUUUGAACAGUAUAUUUCCAGGGAUUGGGUGUCCUGUUCCUCGAAUUCCAGCCGAGGCUAAUCCUUUAGCAGAUCAUGUCUCUGCUACCCGAAUUUUGUGUGGAGCCCUUGUCUUUCCUACUAUUGCGACAAUAGUUGGUAAACUGAUGUUCAGUAGUGUUAACUCUAAUUUACAAAGGACAAUCUUGGGUGGAAUUGCUUUUGUUGCCAUAAAAGGAGCAUUUAAGGUUUACUUCAAACAGCAGCAAUAUUUACGUCAGGCACACCGCAAAAUUCUAAAUUAUCCAGAGCAAGAAGAAGCAUAAAACUGUGACUUCUAGUUCUGCAGUCUUCUCAUCCUUAGGAGUCUGUUGUGUUGUUUUGAUUCCAUCAUUAAUGCACUAGUGGAGACUUGUGAUAAGCUGUUGCUCCUAUAUUUUUCAGAAAUAUAAUAAAGCACUUAGGGCAGGGAAAAUCCUCUCAGUAAUUGCAGAAUCUAAGGAUGUGACUUGUUUUCUUUGCUUUGUAUAUGCUGCUUUUAUGGCAGUCAUCUGAACCAUUUUCUGAGCAUGGUAAACCUGGGUUUUCUUCAGAUUUGCUCCAAACAGAAAUGUAAAGAUCAAACUGUACAAAUAUUAAAAAAUGCACAUGCUGUUUUAUUCAAAUGCCUCUUUUGUACAUGUUCACGUUCAGUGUUUUCUUAGAAUCAGCAACUCAAUGAAGGUACUAUGAGGAUUUUUCUCAUUGGCAUAAUUUGAAUACAUGCUAAACAGGAGCAUAUGUUAAUAUGAGGAAAUAUAAAUUUAGUUAUAAAUAACAAGCCAAAAAUGUAUGUAAACAUUCAAAUAAUUAUCUGAACAAGUGGGAGUUUCUUGUGUUUUCUUUAACCCAUGUGAUGUACUCCAAAAUGUGUAGGGUAAAAAUUUCCAGGGCUUCCAGAUCCCUUUUUCACUAUUAAAUUUUAUUUAUAUAACGUUGAUAUCUCAUAGCUCAUAAUGUAACUUUGACUCAUGUAGUCUUGAUUACUGUAUGUGUGUGGUGUGAGAGAGAGAACGAGAGAGAGCAAGCAAUUGUGUCCUUCCACCUCUCGGGUAAGGUUUUUAAAUCACUAUUUCUAGAAAUUAGAGCUGCCAGUUUAUAGUUUGCGCAGAAGAAUGAUUUGCAAAAAAGGAAUCAAUAAAGUUAUUUUACUCUCCUCUUUCACUGA